AUGGUGCCCAAAACUAGUCUCGCGCUUGUCCUCGCGCUCUCUACGACUUCGACCACGGCAAGAUCCAUCGAUAAACGGAUUAUCGGAGGAGAGGAAGCGGCGGAAGGCGAGUUUCCGUCCAUGGUCAGUUUCCAGUCGAACGGGCAUGAGUGCGGCGGUGUCCUGUUGGACAGCACCACCGUUUUGACCGCCGAUCAUUGUGGCAAGCAUGACAUCUCCCAUGAUAAAGAUAGGGUCGUGAGGGUAGGAACGACGAUCUCGGAUUCCGGCGGAGUGGUGUCCGGGUACGUCAAGGCGACCGUGGCCCCGUUUGGCUUCCCGAAAGCCGAGCAGCCUACGUACUGGCCCAACGACAUUCAGAUCUGGAAGCUGCUCACCGCGAUCGAGGAGAGCGACAAGAUCAAAUACGCGAAGCUGCCGGAGGAGGGCUCCGACCCCGCGCCCAACUCCACCGCCAUCACCGUAGGCUGGGGGGAUCAAGGCGCAGAGUCGUUCCACGUUCCCAGCCCUGUCAGCAAGCUUCACAAGGUCACGCUCCCCGUUCACGAUCGUCAGGUGUGCAUCCAAGCCGACCCAAACGCCGGCGGCCGGGACUCUAUCGUGUGCGCCGGCGGCGGGGGCCGCGGCGUGGGCAACUUCGACAGCGGCGGCCCGCUCUUCGACGCCGCCACCGGCACGCUCAUCGGCAUCACCUCGUGGGUACCCAAGGAAAAGAACGGCGCCGAAUGCGGCCAGAUGCCGACCGUCUUCACCCGCGUCGGCAGCUACAUCCCCUGGAUCAAGGCGAACCUCAGCGGCGGCGUCGGGCAGCCACCCAGCGCCGAGGAGCUUUGGAUCCGGGAGGCGAUGCUUCUGAUGAGCGAACACUGCAGCCGGUUCCUGCACGAGGACCCGGACGACGCCUGCGGGGAGGCGAGCGGAGAGUGCCUGAAGGAGAUGCCGCAAGAUACCCCGGAUACGGAGCUACUGCGGUGCUUGGACUUUAAAGAGGCGUGCGCGGGCCAGAAGGGCGAGCCGGCGAAGCACAGCCAGUGCAUUGAGAAGGCAAAGGUCUGCGUCAAGGAGAAGGACAUCCGGGUUGGGGGGACUGAGGAGAUUCAGGAGUGUGCCCUGAAAGACCUCUAA